AUGCAAGACGAUUUGCUCGCUGUUUUUAUGUUGACUGAAAAUCAGUUUACGUAGCUGGCAAGACUUUUCUUCAAUAUAACCAGCAGACUCGACUUCCAAAAUGGGGGAGCCACAGCAGGUCAGUGCUCUUCCACCACCUCCAAUGCAGUACAUCAAGGAGUACACAGAUGAGAAUGUGCGAAAAGGACUGGCCCCCAAACCCCCUCCUCCUAUCCGAGACAGUUACAUGAUGUUUGGCAAUCAGUUCCAAUGUGAUGACCUUAUAAUUCGACCAUUGGAAAGCCAGGGCAUCGAGCGCCUCCACCCUAUACAGUUUGACCACAAGAGAGAGCUGAAGAAGCUAAACAUGUCCAUCUUGGUCAACUUCCUGGACCUUCUGGACAUCCUCAUCAAAAGCCCUGGCAGUAUUAAGAGAGAGGAGAAGCUGGAGGACUUGAAACUACUUUUCGUUCACAUGCAUCACCUCAUCAACGAGUACCGUCCUCACCAGGCUAGGGAGACGCUUCGAGUCAUGAUGGAGGUUCAGAAGAGACAGAGGCUGGAGACGGCAGAGCGUUUCCAGAAGCACCUGGAGCGGGUGGUGGAGAUGAUCCAGGGGUGUCUUUCUUCACUGCCUGAUGAUUUGCCACUACCCAACAGCUCCAGUAUGGGGGAGGCUGGUUGUGCAGCAGGAAGCUCGAGACUGAAAACAGAGCCCAUGGAUGUAGAUGAUGUAGCGGGCGCUAGCUGUAUGGUUUUACAGACGGACAAGAAUGUGCCUGUUAAGAAGGACAAAGUCUGUGAUAACGAUGCUGCAAUGUGCCGUAUUAUUGAUGAAAUGACUUGAGCUGUCAACAAGCUUUUUUUGUUUGUUUUUCUUUUUUAUUAUUAUUGUUAGAAAAAUGUCAGUUCAACAUUGUUAAAGACUACUCAAACAAUAAGCAGACAGCAACUACAGACAGUUUGAAAAUGUAACAUGGGGACAGCCUACAGUCAAUAAAGUAGACUUAAAUAUGUAAAA